UUUAUUAAUUCUGGUCGUCAACUAAGAACAAUGAAAUGCCAAUUCAAUUGAAUUCAAAGCACCCUUUGCAUUGACGAUGAAAGUCUGCGUGCCUUGUGGUUCAUGACUCUUAAAUUUAUUUAUUUCUAAUUAAUAUUAUUAUUAUUAUUAUUAUUUGAAGCGCACAAGAGGAGAGGAACUUGAAGAAGGAAGACAGAAGAGAAUGAUGACAUGCUCUGUGGCUUUCAGCAACAAGGAUUUUGACCUAAGCUUCUUUGUUUUCAAGCCUACUGUAGUUAUCAUCGACCAUCUUGUUCAUGCGCUCGUCCACUUUUCCUCAUACACUCACAACCUUGGUUCUGUCCAAAGCUCUAUUUUUAGGAGCAUCCAUGGAAAUAUGAUCAUAUGGUGCAGUGCAUGGAAGAAAAUGUCCAGUGACGAAAAAGAUAGGUUGAUGGAAAUCCUUAAAUCAAUGUUAACAAACGUAACAAGAAUGGCUGUGUUAGUUGAACACAGCUUCCUUGAUGCAUAUGCUGGAGAAUCAAGGGAUGGUUCUUCAACAGCAAAAAUUUGUAGCGGCGACAUAGUUUCCAUCAACACUGGAGUCACAACUGCUAAAGACCUUAAUGAUCUCUGCUAUGCCGUGCUAGCAAUUUUCAGGUGUCGCUUCGCGAAAGUAGAAGGCUUAACUGCAGGCCUUUGCUUGAAAGGACAAAGCACUCCCAAUGUGGUUUGCAUUCAUGUCUGGAAAUCUCUACAAUAUUGUUACUCAUGGGUCCUCAAUAACAGAAAAUGGAUGAUACCAUAUCUUGAACGCUUCUCUAUUUUCGACAUGAAAUAUGAUAUUUUCCGAGUAGUGUAUGUUAGUGAUGAAAAUGUAGUCAUUCCUCCUUAUGUUUCUCCUCAUAAUAUGUUAGCAAAUGAUGAGGAAGAUAGUAGACAAGGACAUGUUAUGCAGCACUGAGAACACAGCAUUCAAUUCAAUCAUGCUGCAAAAGUUUCUAUAUUGUUUAAUUUCUUUGAAAUAUCAACAUAUGAAUGAUAGAUUUAAAUUA